AUGACACCAAUCAACGAAUUAAUGCUUCAGUUCGAACACCAGCUGGGUAUACAACACCGUUCGAGGACGGUAACUGGAGUAAGACAGAGGGCAGUGGCAGGACCCUUCUUGUUCAACUUCGUCAUUGAUUAUAUUAUGCGAAGAACAGUCGAUCAGAGCCCUGUCGACAUUGUUUUAGCGCCAGCUUAUGGAGUACUUCUACGUCCUGAUAAAAUGCGAGCAGAUCUGGAUCUCUUCGAGACUUCGAACUGGAAUUAG